AACAGAUAAACAAAAUGGAGAACAAAACAGAGCAAUCCAUAACCCAGCUCCGGCCAUUCUCCGGCAACCUUGCCAGAAUCUCAGGCACCGACGAGGAAUCCCCCAACAAUCUCAUCAUCUCCGGCUACCGCCUCCGUCGAUACCGCUGCAGCAAGCUGCUUGCCGUCCUCUGCGGUCUCUGCCUCACCACCCUCCUCCUCCUCGGCGUCAUCGCCAUCAUCCUCGCCUUCACCGUCUUUCAAGUCUCAGACCCUAGCCUUACAAUGAACGCUGUCUUCUUCCGCGACAUCCAUUUGUCCGAUGACAGGCCUACGGAGAGGCCUUUAUUGUUGAACGCAACGGUGGUGGCCGAUAUUUCGGUCCGAAAUCCGAAUGCCGCGGCGUUUCAGUUUGGUGAGAGUGUGACGGAGUUUUACAUGAAGGAUAGGGUGGUGGGAUCAGGGCGUGGGGCGGGGCUGAGAGUGGCGGCGAAGAGAAUUGUUAGGAUGAACGUAUCGGCGUUGGUGGUGACAGAACCAGGCGUUUCCGUUUCGGUUUUGGAUGAUCGGAGGAUUGUGAGGAUUAGAAGCAGGACGGAGGUGGAGGGAAAGGUGAGUGUUUUGGGGGUUUUUAAGCGGGCUGUGGGAGUGAAGAUGGUUUGUAAUUUGAGCUUCGACUCGAAUCGGACGGUGGAGGUGGCCGGAUCGAGAGAUUGUGUCUCUGAUAUUAAGUGAGGAAAUAGAUUGCAUUUCAGGUUAAGAUGUAAUGUUUUUUUAUUUAAAAAUAUAGGA